CAAAUGCACAUCCGAACUCUGAUAGAUGAUUGAGGAGACUACAGAGGUGUGGUUUUGAGUUGAUGGAAACCUCAGAGAAGAUGUCUAACUGGGACAAGGAGUGGAACAUAUCUUUUGCAGGCUGUGGGUUCAGGAGUAUUUACUAUCUGGGGGCUUUGAGCUGUAUCCUGGAGCGGGUCCCAUGGCUGGUUCACGGAGCCGCUAAGAUUGGUGGAGCUUCGUCUGGUUGUUUGGUGGCUGCAGCUCUAACUGUUGGGAUUCCCAUUGAGCAGUUCUGUGUUGAUGUUUUGGCUGUGGCGAAAGAAGCUAGAAAACACACUCUGGGAGUUUUCCACCCGACAUUCAGUCUGCUGCGGACGGUACAGGACUCCCUGCUGGAGAAGCUCCCAGCAGACGCCCACAUUCGGGCGUCUGGGAGGCUCUGUGUGUCUCUUACCAGACUGGCUGAUGGGAAGAAUGUUUUGGUGUCAGAGUUUGACAGCAGAGAGGAGCUAAUUCAGGUUCUGAUGUGCAGCUGCUUUUUUCCUAUUUACUGUGGUUUCAGCCCACCUUCAUACCGUGGAGUGCUCUAUAUGGAUGGAGCCCUGAGCAACAACAUGCCUCUAUUUGAGCACAGGAACACCAUCACUAUGGCCCCUUUCUCCGGCGAGAGUGACAUCUGCCCCAGAGAGGGUACAUUCAACUUCCUCGAGGUGCACUACGGCAACGUUAGCAUCAAGGUCAACACUAGCAAUGUGCAUCGGGUUUGUACAUCCUUCCUCCCUCCCAGACUGGAGGAGCUAGCUGAAAUCUGUCACAACGGCUACAUGGAUGCGCUUCGUUUUCUGAGAGAAAGAGAUCUGCUUGGGCCACAGUGUCUUUCCUCCAGUGUGAUGGCGGAAACAGACGCAGUCAAACCUGCUUGUUGUGAGACGAGGAGGGAAGUGGCUCAAGCUGAAGAGUCCAGAAAGACACUGUUGAAUGGACAUAAUCGUCAUCAGGAAGAUCACUGGUGGCUGAGCCUGAAAGUCAUAGAGAACCUCCCAGUUAGCUUUAAGAAAGUGCUGUGUGAGGCUUGCAGGGAUAGUCAUAGUGGUGACACUCGAUGGUCUCAGCUCACUGAGUUCCUUCCAGUGAAAGUGGUUUUAUGUCUGCUGACCCUCGUCAUGCUGCCCAUUGAGCUGAGCUUCAUACUCAUUAAAAGCAUGAUAUUAUCCAUGUUGAAGCUGACUGCAGAUCUCUGCAGGCGGACGUGGAGCAGCAGAGACGAGGACUCCAACAGUACAUUUUCAGAGGAGCACAGCAGCAGCAGCUCAGACCUAAGAAGCCAGACAAGAGGAGACAAAAACAUUCAACCCUUGACCUCAACAGUCCCCCCAAUUUCCAACAAAAUUCUUCACUGGGACAACAACGGUAACCUGGAGCUCUCUCUCGCAUCCACCUUCUCAGUUCCAUCCAGCUUCUCUGCCUCCAGUAAACCUGCGUACAGCAAGGUGACUUUAAACCACAGAGGUAAACAGACACUUCAUCAAACAUCAACAAGGCAGAGAAAGGGCUGUUUAGAUUUGCAAAUAUAAAACCUUUAGAUGAAUGCGAUGCAUAUGUAUCACUUUUGUUAGAUCGUAUAGAAAUAAAGCAGCUUAACUGAUAUUUAUUUAUGAUCUCUUAACACUUUUGUGUAGAAGAAGAAAUGCACGUUUGGAUUUGUCUUUUGAAUCUUCUGCUUCAUUAUGAACCAUCCUGACCUCCCAGGUUGUCUGCUGCUGCAAUCUUUAGGUCCUUCAAACCAAGGCUGAAGACUUUUCCUUUUGCUGCUGUAACCUUUA